AACGCCUCGUUGAACCCCUUGUAUCUUCUCUCGGCUUCCCUUCGCUCUGAGAAAGAAAGAGAGACUGAGAAAAGAGCCCAACCAAAAACCCACAGAGCUAAGAGCUCCCUCCAAGAAUCUAAAAAAAUUCCCCUCCUCUCGCACGUGCUGCGCACACACUCUCAAAUUCCCAUCUUUUCUUUUUAAUAGAAAAAAACUGAAUUGAUAUUUGUUCUUGGUUCCAAAUUUCUGAUAUUUGCAAACUCUCCCACCUUUGGAUCCCCACUGCUUUUCAUCAAAUCCUCCGGGCGCCGCCACACUACUCUCCUGAAACAUGUCGUCUUGAAGUGCAGUGCAAAAGAAUUGAACUUUUAGGGUUUUUAUUGGUUGCCACAGAGGAAUGCAUUAUGGAUUCUGGAAUAUAAGGGUUUCAUGAGUGUAGUAUGGAGUUUUGUGCUUUCUGGGAUUGCCCAUCUGGUUAAAUGAAUUACAUGACUCAUUCAGCAGGUUUUACAGGAGCUAUGGCUCUUCAAAAAUUUCCUUCUCGUGAUGCACCUUCUGUUACUAUGAAACCUUUGAGCUUUCUCAGUAAGGUGCAUGACAACAAUCGAUCAGAGGAUCUAGAGACAAGUCCUGCUAAGGAACCUGAUGUGGAUAUUGACCUCAGAGAAGUGUAUUUUCUAAUUAUGCAUUUUCUGUCAGCUGGACCAUGUCGUAGAACUUGUGUACAAUUUUGGAACGAACUUCUUGAACAUCAACUUUUACCUAGAAGAUAUCAUGCUUGGUAUUCAAGAAACGGCCUACACAGUGGGGAUGAAAAUGAUGAUGGAAAAUCAUUUCCAUUAAAUUACAACAUGUUGGUCCACAGGUAUCCUCACAUUGAAAAUGAUCACUUGGUAAAGCUUUUGAAGCAAUUGAUUUCAAGUACAGCCCCACCAUCAAGGGGUAUGUGUGGUGGAAAUGCUCCAAAUGCAGCUGAUGUACCUACUCUCUUGGGGCAGCGUUCAUUCUCACUUCUGACCUAUGAAAGGGAUCAAGUAAACAAAGAAAUGAAACGCCCUCCUGCUCACAUGCGUUGGCCUCACGCGAAAGCUCAUCAGGUUCAUGGGCUAAGCUUGAGAGAAAUUGGGGGAGGAUUCACCAGACAUAACCGUGCACCAUCUAUCCGUGCUGCAUCUUAUGCCAUUGCAAAGCCAUUGACCAUGUUUCAGAAGAUGAAAAAUACUACAAGGAUAAGGGGACAUCGAAACGCUGUCUAUUGUGCAACAUUUGAUCGCUCAGGGAGAUAUGUUAUUACUGGUUCAGAUGAUCGCCUAGUGAAGAUCUGGUUAAUGGAAACUGCAUUUUGCUUGGCCAGCUGCCGUGGACAUGAAGGGGACAUCACGGAUCUGGCUGUGAGUUCCAACAAUGUUUUAGUGGCAUCCUCCUCAAAUGACACUAUAAUUCGAGUGUGGCGCUUGCCAGACGGGCUGCCAAUAUCAGUGUUGCGAGGACAUACUGGAGCUGUUACUGCCAUUACAUUUAAUCCCAGGCCAGGCUCUAUGUACCAGCUUCUAUCUUCAUCUGAUGAUGGAACCUGUAGGAUAUGGGAUGCCAGGAAUUCUCAAGUGAGUCCAAGGAUAUACAUUCCAAGACCUUCAGAUGCUAUAGUUGGGAGAAACAGUGGUCCAUCCUCCAGCACUGUCUCACAGAGCCAUCAAAUCUUUUGUUGUGCAUUUAAUGCUAAUGGAACAUUCUUUGUCACUGGUAGCUCAGACACUCUUGCAAGGGUGUGGACUGCUUCUAAGCCAGGCUCAGAUGAGUCAGACCAACCAAAUCAUGAGAUUGAUGUGUUAUCUGGCCAUGAGAAUGAUGUCAAUUACGUACAAUUUAGUGGUUGUGCUGUAGUAUCUAGAUUCAUGGCAGCUGACACCUCAAAGGAAGACAACAUUCCAAAGUUUAAAAAUUCAUGGUUCAAUCAUGACAAUAUAGUUACUUGUUCUCGCGAUGGCAGUGCAAUUAUCUGGAUUCCUAGAUCACGAAGAUCACAUGGAAAAGCUGGUCGUUGGACGCGGGCAUAUCAUCUGAAAGUUCCCCCUCCACCAAUGCCUCCUCAGCCUCCACGAGGAGGCCCUCGCCAGAGAAUUCUUCCAACUCCUCGUGGUGUUAAUAUGAUUACCUGGAGUCUUGACAAUCGCUUUGUCCUUGCUGCUAUUAUGGAUUGCAGAAUAUGUGUAUGGAAUGCAUCUGAUGGUAGCUUGGUGCAUUCACUGACAGGUCACAGUGAAUCUACAUAUGUUCUGGAUGUUCAUCCUUUCAACCCCAGGAUAGCAAUGAGCGCUGGCUAUGACGGAAAAACAAUUGUCUGGGAUAUAUGGGAAGGCAUGCCUAUCCGGAUAUUUGAAACGUCACAGUUCAGAUUGGUAGACGGAAAGUUUUCACCGGAUGGGACAUCAAUUAUCCUCUCUGAUGAUGUUGGCCAACUAUACAUAUUAGACAGUGGCCAGGGGGAGUCGCACAAUGAUGCAAAAUAUGACCAGUUUUUUCUUGGUGAUUAUCGCCCAAUCAUUCAUGAUAGCUUUGGAAAUGUUCUUGACCAGGAAACUCAGCUUUCAGCAUACCGGCGGAAUAUGCAGGAUCUACUUUGCGAUUCAGGCAUGAUACCAUAUGAAGAACCCUACCAGAGUGCAUACCAGAAAAGGCGGUUAGGAGCUUUGGGUUCCGAGUGGCGUCCUUCCUCUCUAAGACUUGCUGUUGGGCCUGACUUCAGUGUAGAUCCGGAUUUCCAAAUGCUGCCUAUUGCAGACUUGGAUAUGUUGGCUGAUCCUAUGCCAGAGUUUGUAGAUGCCAUGGAUUGGGAACCGCAAAAUGAAAUGCAAAGUGAUGAUACUGAUUCAGAGUACAAUAUUACUGAAGAUUAUUCUACUGGAGGGGAGCAAGGAAGUUUAAGUUCAAAUCCCUCUAUUGAUCCAGAGUGCAGUGAAGAAGACAGCGAGGCUGAGGAUGCUCAAAUGGAUGGACUUCGUAGAUCUAAAAGGAAAAAACAAAAGGCUGAUGUUGAAGUCAUGAGUUCUUCUGGAAGGUGUGUCAAAAGAAAGAAUUUGGAUGAGUGUGCUGGCAAUCCAUUCAGAAGUAAUAGAACGAGGAAAUCUAGACAUGGCCGAAAAGCUUCAAGAAAGAAAUCUUCCACAUCAAAGUCAUUGAGACCUCAAAGAGCUGCUGCACUCAACGCUCUUACUCUAUUUUCUAAGAUUACUGGAAGAUCUGCAGAUGGAGAAGAUGAAGAUGGAUCAGAAGAAGAUAUGUCAGGAAGUGAAUCCACCCUGCAAGAUUCAAACAUUGAGAGUGAUGGAUCUGAUAAACAAAAUCAGCAAACCAAACAUUCAAAAGGAAAAGAGGUUUCACUGGAUGAGUCUGAGGACAUGGUUAAACCUAAUGAACGUCAUGAAUUUCCAAUAAAUGCUGGGAACAGGAGGAGAUUGGUGCUUAAAUUGCCAAGACGGGACUCAAAUAAGCUUGUGUCUAGAGAAAGCACGGUACAUAAUUGUGGUAAUCAGGAUGGUUUGCUUGACCAAUCAUGUAGAGUACCUCAAGAAGCAACCGAAGCAAACAACAAUAUAAGCUCUCAGGAUCCAGGGUCCUCACUUGGUGAUAAAAAAUGCAGCAUAUUUGAAACAGCAGUGGGUGGGCAAUUAUACAAAGUAGAAAAUCAUGUAGAUUUGACUGAGAAUUACAAAAAUGGGAGAAUUAGUUGGGGAGGGUCCAGAGUGCGAACAUCCAAGCGUCUGAGGCCGGGAGAAUCCAUGUCAUUGGAUGCACUUGCCAGAGCCAGUGCAACCGUCGUUGGUAACGAAAAAGAGUACACAAAACCUGAAAAUCAUUUUGGAACCAUGUCACCUCAAUCAGAAAGCCAAAUGUAUGGAGAUACAAUGGCUGUAGGGAAUGAGGAAACCAUUGGGGCUAGUACCUCUGAGGGCCUUAAUGGUGAAACCAAUGCCAAAGAGCAAUCAGGUUUUAGUGAAUGCAAGGAUCAUGAUCAAUCGCCUAAAUCUGUUCACAUGGCUCCUUGGGAUGCAAGCACUUCCUCAUGCCUUGAUAAGGACAGGACUGUUUUCUCUUCUGAACAAAAUGAGAAGCUCACAACUGUCUCAACAAAAUUGAGGUUGAGGAGGAUUUCAAGGGAUCCUAGUCCUUGCAAACAGGAAAUGUUCUCUGUGGUAGAGAACUUGGAAAAUGGUAGAUGUAACACAUUACAUGAAAGCCUUUCAAGCAUGGAACAGGAUCCAGUUGUGCCAGAGGAUGAUGGAACCCCUAAAUUUAUUCCAGAUGAUAGAUACAAUGGCUCACGAGAAUCAGACAAUCAAUCUGAUAAGAAUGUCAUUUCUGGUAUACAUGAAUCAGUCGAGUCCCAUUUACAUAAAAACAAAAUGUUCAGUGCUGUUUAUAGAAGGGUGAAACCACAUAGGGGUAGAAUUAAUUUAGAAGGUGAUAGUGGCGUCAAGGAAGAAGGCUGUGUAUAUACUUCAAAUACAAGCAACCACAAUCUCAUUGCUGGAGUGGACUUUCAUGAUGAGUCAGUUGAUGGAGGUCGCAGGACACGGUCCAUGGGUUUGAAGGCAUCUGCACGUGAUCCAAGUAGUGUAGAUCAUGAUGAUAAGAUGGGCCAAGGACAUAAGACAGGUUAUACAUUUAGAAGUAACCAGAAAAGUUCCAUGGACAAGUUUCAACUUCGGAAUGAAGAACAGGGAUCAAGUUCAAGGACAACAGUCGGAUUGAGGUCUACUAGAAACAGAAGAAGCAGUUACCGUGACAUGAAUCCAAUGGAUAGAAGGAAGUCGCAUCAGUCAGCAAGGAAAGUAUCAUGGUUAAUGUUGUCAACACAUGAGGAGAGCUCACGAUAUAUUCCCCAGUUAGGGGAUGAAGUCGUUUAUUUGAGACAGGGGCAUCAAGAGUAUUUCGAACUUGGUGGAUUGAGAGAAAACCCACCGUGGACAUUUAUAAAGGGGAGAAUAAGAGCUGUAGAAUUUUGCAAAGUUGAAGACCUGGAGUAUUCUUCACUUGCAGGGUCUGGGGAUAGCUGCUGCAAAUUGACACUUCAAUUUGUAGAUCCUACUUCUGAUGUGUAUGGUAAAUAUUUCAAAAUGACUCUGCCUGAAGUUACUGGUUUCCCAGACUUCAUUGUCGAAAGAACUCGCUAUGUCUCUUCUAUAGAGAGAAAUUGGGCAUGUAGGGAUCAUUGCAAAGUCUGGUGGAAAAAUGAGGGUGAGGAUGAUGGUAAGUGGUGGGAGGGGAGGAUUAAGCUGAAACAGUAUAAAUCUACCAACUUCCCCGACAGUCCAUGGGAGAUGUAUACUGUUCAGUACAAGUAUGAUCCUAGUGAUGCACAGCUACAUAGUCCUUGGGAGCUCUUUGACUCCAAUACUCAAUGGGAGCAGCCUCGCAUUGAUGAUAAGAGCAAAAUGAAGCUGCUUUCUGCCAUUGCCGAACUAGAGCGAUCUGCUGGUAGUCGCCAGGAUUCUUUUGGCGUUGAUAAGCUGAAGCAACUUCAACAGAAGCCGAAGUUUACAAACUGGUGUGCGGUUCCAAUAUCUCUUGACGUGAUCCAGUCUAGGUUAGAGAACAACUACUAUCGAAAUUUGGAAGCACUAAAGCAUGACUUUAAGGUCAUGUUGUUAAAUGCUGAAACCUAUCUUGAAAGCAAUGCGGUCAAGCGCACAUCAGAUAAAGAGCUUUUAGCGAAAUUGAAAUGCAUAUCAGACUGGUUCACAGAGACAAUAUCAUUCUUGUAGCACCUAUAGUUACGUAAAGAAAUUGAUUCAUUAAUGAGUUGAAGCAGACCAUCUGGGUUUUUGCCCCUUGAUGUUCUUUUUCUUCUUUUUUUACUUUUUGUAGAUAUUUUACUUACCUUAAAUAGGCUUUUCCAUUGUACCAUAGGUUCAAUUUUGGAAAUGCGUUAACCUUUUGGAUAUUCUUUUUAGAAGGCAAAAAAGAUCGCAGAGGCAAUUACCUGGUGGUCUUGUAAAUUUUCCCCCGGAGAAUUCAUUCUUGUAUAUACUCGGUUUUUAUCAUUAAUUAUAACAAAGGAAAAAAGG